AUGUAUUUGCUUUUGCAGUAUGGAUUUAUAAAUACAUGCCUGAAGUCUCUGGUGGUUGAAAAGUAUGGUGAAGAAACAUGGGAAAAAUUAAGAGUGCAGGCCGGAGUCCAGGAUUCUUUCUUGACUUUCGAAGUUUACAAAGAUGAGAUCACAAUGCAGCUCGUCGACAAAGCCUGCAAAAUAUUAGGUAUGCCUGCUGACAUGGUUCUGAGAGAGUUUGGAGAGUAUUUCUUUGAAUUCUGUAAACGCUCAGGCUAUGACCACAUGCUGAGGACACUGGGUGGAAAUCUCUAUGAGUUCAUAGAGAACCUGGAUGCAUUGCACAGCUACCUGUCCCUUUCUUACCAGGAGAUGAAUGCUCCAUCUUUUAGAGUAGAAAAGAAUGAAGACGGGUCAAUGCAUUUACAUUACUAUUCAGAUAGAAGAGGUCUGUGCCAUAUUGUGCCAGGAAUCAUCGGUGCAGCAGCCCUGGAUUUUUUUAACAUUGAGAUUUCAAUGGAAAUAGUCAAUCAAAUGGAAGAAGAAGAACGAACUGGGAAAAAAGAACAUAUUGUUUUUCUUGUCACUCAAAACCCUGCAUUUUCGUACAAGGAAAGAAAUGAAUUUUCUUCCUCGUCUCAAUAUCUUGCUGACUCUGAAAAACAAAUUGAGAACCAACUAUCUAAAGAGGACCUUGAAAAAGCCAAGAAUACAAUUAGAGACAGAGGAAGCUCUGUUUGUCCUGUCAAGAAAAGUCACUGGAAAACAAUAAGAGGAAUAAUCACAUUAGGAAAAGGUAAGCUCCUGAGAGGAUUUGAUCCUGUUUAUCCCAAGAGCCUCUGGAUUGACACAAAAACAUUUUGCAAUGGACUUCCUUUUCAUAUGGUUUUUGACAAAGAGCUCAGAGUGAAGCAAGCUGGGGUGAGCAUUCAAAAGAUAGUACCUGGCCUUCAGACCACGGGCAUCUGCUUGGAUCGCUAUUUCAGUAUCCUUCACCCAGAAGUACCCUUCACCAUCUCUAGCAUUCAGAAAUUCAUCAACAGCCAAUUUGUUUUCCAGACUAGAAGAGAGAUGAUGCCAGAGUCAUGGAAACAACGGCCAAUGCUACAGCUGAGAGGCCAGAUGAUCUGGAUGGAGUCCCUGCAGUGCAUGCUCUACCUCUGCUCACCUUUGCUUCGCACUUUGCAUGAACUGGAGGAGCGACAGAUGCAUAUUGCAGACAUUGCACCUCACGACGUGACCAGGGAUUUGAUUCUUCUCAAUCAGCAGCGACUGGCAGAGAUGGAGCUCUCUAACCAGUUGGAGAGGAAGAAGGAAGAACUGCGGAUACUGUCAAAGCACCUAGAGGAAGAGAAAAAAAAGACCGAAGCUCUGCUCUACGCCAUGCUUCCUGAGCACGUGGCCAACCAGCUGAAAGAGGGGAAGCGAGUUGAGGCAGGAGAGUUCAAGGAGUGCACUAUAUUGUUCAGCGAUGUUGUGACCUUUACCAACAUUUGUGCCCAGUGUGAACCUAUUCAGAUAGUUCUCAUGUUAAAUUCAAUGUACCUGAGAUUUGACAGACUGACCACGGUGCAUGAUGUGUACAAGGUGGAGACAAUUGGAGACGCCUAUAUGGUAGUAGGUGGGGUCCCUGUGCCUGUACCCACUCAUGCUGAGCGAGUUGCUAACUUUGCCUUGGGAAUGAUAAUAGCAGCUAAAGGAGUACAGAACCCAGUUUCUGGAAAUCCUAUCCAAAUUAGAGUUGGGAUCCAUACAGGUCCUGUCUUGGCUGGAGUUGUUGGAGAAAAGAUGCCUCGUUAUUGCUUGUUUGGAGACACGGUGAAUAUAGCUUCCCGGAUGGAGAGUCACGGUGUCCCAAGUAAAAUUCAUCUAAGCUCCAGUGCCUAUCAAUGCCUAAAAUACAAGAAUUUUGAGAUGACCGAGAGAGGAGAAAUAGAAGUAAAAGGCAAAGGGAAAAUGCACACAUACUUCCUCGUUAGAAAUAAAACUGCAACUGAGAAUGAGAUAAUGGGAAGGCCAAUGAAAGGCUUAGAUUCUGGCCAUGAUUCUGUUCAGUCCUUUCAAGAAGGCAGGGCUGAAACAAUACCAAGUUGUCAUCAGCCAGUUACUCAGACGCAGCUAGAGAAGGACCAGACCCCAGCUAUUGCAAUGAAGUAUAGCGAUGGCCCCACAGAUGCACAAAACAGCUUCAAAAGAAGAAAUCAAGCGAAAAUUGCAGAUUUAAGAGGCAAAACUUAUGAUUCCAAAAGCGAUGGGAGUCUCCAUGGCAACGAGCAUGCAGAUGAUGGUUCUUGUCCUCUAAACCGGGGAAGAGUCAAACCUGCUACUGAAGAGUCACAGAUUAGAAACGUUCGUUCUAAUUUUUGCAGUUUACUCUAA